AUGAGAGGAAGCUGCUAUUCUCAGAAAACAGUGAGUGGGUCAAGCAGGAUGCGGGUUCAGAGCCCGUCUCCGUCCCGCUGCAGAGCUUCUUCGUCCUCCUCGGUGGCCCGUGGACGUGCCGGUCUCCAGGGAGGUGCCGUGGAGAUCGGCACAGAGCUUCAUCAGCAUCAUGCAAACGAGAAGGAGGAGAUGCAGCUGCUUAACGCACGGUUCGCCGGCUACAUUGAGAAGGUUCAGGCUCUGGAGCAGAGGAACGCGGCGCUCAGGGAGGAGCUGCAGAGCCUGCAGAGCCGAUACAAGGCAGGACCGGGGGGAUUGGGUGAGGAGUACGAGGCCAAGUUUAAGGAAAUGAAGGACCUGAUCGCAGCACUGACGGCUGAGAAAGGAGCGGCUGAUAUUGAGAGGGGAUAUGUGGAGGAGGAAGUGGAGCUCUGGACCAUGAAGCUGGAGGAAGAGCUUGCACUUAAAGAGGAGGCAGAGAUGAUCCUGCGUGAGUUCCGUGAGGACGUGGACAACGCCACGUUGCAGAAGUCUGACCUGGAGAGACGUGUGGAGCAGCUGGUGGCUGAGAUCGAGUUCCUGAAGAAGCUACACAGUGAGGAAGUGGCCGAGCUAAUGAAGCAGAUCGAGGAGUCGAAGGUGACGGUGGAGCUCGACUCGGAUCGGCCCGAUUUAGCCGCUCACCUGCGCAAGACGCGUGCCGAGAUCGAAGCUGUUGCUGCGCGCAACGUCCAGGAGGCGGAGAAGUGGUACAAAGGGAAAUUUGACACGCUGAAGGAGAGCGCCGCCAAACGUGAGACCCAGAUGACCACCAUGAGGGAGGAGAUCAGCACUCUGAGCAGUGAAGCGUCUGACCUGCAGAACCAAAUCGACGCCCUCAGGGCCAAAAAUGCCGCUCUGGAACAGCAGCUGGACGACAUGGAGGCGUCUCACCUGGACAAGAUGUCCAACCUGGAGGCUAUCAUCGCUCAACUCGAGAACCAGCUGUGUGAAACCAAGAUGGAGAUGGGCAAAUACCUCGCUGACUACCAGGAGCUGCUUAACAUCAAACUGAAGUUAGACGCUGAGAUCGCCACCUACAGGAAACUUCUGGAAGGAGAAGAGAAGCGACUCGGGAUCUCAGUCAGCGAGAGCACAGCAGGAGCUUCUGCAACUUCAUCAGCUGCAGUUGAAGAAUCUGCCUAAUGCACUUCAUCUCGCAAUACGCGCACACACACACACACACACACACACUGACCACCACCAUUAACUAUGCCUCCUGAGAUGUCCUUCACCCAAAAUCUGCUGUAACUGUCCUGAACACAUCUUAAUAAAGCUUGACUUGAGUGCA